CGGGCCGCCGGAUCCCGACACCAUGCUCGAUCCAGGUGAUGGGCCGCCCCGGGCGGAGCAAGUUCUGGGUGAAGAUGCCCUGAAGGAGCCAGAUGGCUGCGUAAGCUCUGAGGUUGGGAUGCCAAUCAGUGGGGACCUUCCUGCAUUAGUCCAGCAGUUUGUGGAGGAGAAAAUUCAGACCACAAUGCUGACAGGAAUGAUGAUUGGAGCACUUGUUGCCAUCCUUAUCGUUGUAAUCAUUGUAUUCUUCAUCUACAGAAGAAUGAAGCAGUCGAGACAACAGCAGCAGGGUGUGCCCCGAUACAGAUUCCGAAAGAGAGACAAAGUGAUGUUCUAUGGACGAAAGAUCAUGAGAAAGGUGAAGCUCUCUACUUCAUCGCUGGUUGGAAACAACAUGCCUCGUCAGAGGUUGAGGAAGAGGCAGAAGGUACUGAACCUGGCUAGAAGGAUCCUCCGGCUCAAGAAGGAGCCUCCAAUACUGCAGCCAAAGGAGCCUCCCUCCUCGUUGCUCGAGGCUGAUCUGACUGAAUUUGAUGUGAAAAAUUCCCACUUGCCCUCUGAGGUUCUUUAUAUGCUCAAGAAUGUCAGGGUAUUGGGACACUUUGAAAAGCCACUGUUCCUGGAAUUGUGUAAGCACAUGUUCUUUGUGCAGCUUCACGAAGGGGAGUACAUCUUCCGUCCAGGAGAACUGGAUGACAGCAUCUAUGUGGUACAGGAAGGGAGGCUGGAACUCUGCAUCAGCGAGAAUGAUGGCACUGAAGUUGUGGUGAAAGAAGUGUUGCCAGGUGACAGUGUGCACAGUCUCCUCAGUAUCCUGGAUGUCAUCACGGGUUACCCUGCUCCUUAUAAAACUGUCUCCGCCCGAGCCCUAUGCACAUCCACUGUUCUGCGUUUGCCAGCCAGUGCUUUUCAGUCAGUCUUCCAGAAGUACCCGGAAACCCUGGUCAGAGUGAUUCAGAUAAUCAUGGUGCGCUUGCAGAGAGUGACCUUCCUGGCUUUGCAUAACUAUCUGGGCCUGACCAAGGAACUCUUCAAUUCGGAGAGCCAGGCCAUUCCAUUACUAUCCUUGUCCAGCAUCUCCGUGUCCAGUCCCAGCAAAGUGCUCAAGCGGCAACUCAGUAUCCCAGUGGUGGAGGAAGAUAAUUGGAGAAAGCAAAUAGAGCUGGCGACUUUCCAGUGCACGACCUUGGCAAAUACCAAGUUCACGAGGAGGUGGAUGACCAUCUCAUCUGCACCACAGCCACGUUGUGGGCAGUAUGUGGUGGGAUUGAGACUCGGACUUUGCAUGAAGGAUGUGGCGGAGAGGGACCCCUCACCACCAGCCAAGCAUGGUCUUGGAGGACUAACUAAUAGUAAAUCUGACAUGAAUAUUACGUAUGAAAAAGCAAGGGUCAAUCUGUCAACAGAGGAGCCUUGUUCCAGUCCUGUCAUGUCUGCCAUUAAGUCUUGUGUGAAGAAGAGUGUUACCAUGAUGGAGCAGCCAUCUAUUUACCACUAUAUUGAGGGUGAAGAGAACACUGGCAUGAUCAACAAUCAUAAACAACAGAUCUUAGAGGCUGCUAAGAAGGACCUCCUGACUUUGAUGAAGCUAGAUGAUCCAUCACUGCUGGAUGGUAGAGUGACUCUUCAACAAGUUAAAGCUGGAAUGGUUGUGGCAAGGCAAGGUGACCAGGAUGUCAGCAUUCAUUUUGUGGUCUCAGGGCUGUUGCAUGUUUACCAGCGAAUGAUUGACAGGGAAGAGGAGAAUUGCCUGUUUGUUGCUCAUCCGGGAGAGGUUGUGGGGCAGCUGGCUGUGUUAACCGGAGAGCCACUUAUCUUCAGCAUCAAGGCUCAAAGGGACUGCACCUUCCUGUGUAUCUCCAAAUGCCACUUCUAUGAAAUAAUGAGGGAGAAACCUAAUGUGGUAUUACCUGUGGCUCAUACUGUAGUGAGGAGAAUGUCUCCAUUUGUAAGACAGAUCGACUUUGCCUUGGACUGGAUGGCAGUGGAAGCUGGGCGAGCAGUGUACAGGCAAGGAGACAGAUCAGAUUGCACAUUUAUUGUAUUGAAUGGUCGGCUCCGAUCAGUUAUCAUGAGAGACGAUAAGAAGAAAGAGCUGGCAGGAGAAUAUGGGCGUGGUGACCUCAUUGGAGUGGUAGAAGCCCUUACUCGACAGCCCUCUGCCACUACUGUACAUGCAGUGAGAGACUCGGAACUGGCCAAACUUCCUGAGGGAGCUUUGAACUCCAUCAAACGUAGAUACCCACAGGUGGUUACACGACUCAUUCAUCUGUUGGGCCAGAAGAUCCUGGGCAACCUGCAGCAAGUCAGUGGUCCGUUAGCAGGACGUGGCUUGGGAAUUCACACUGUGAGCAACAAAUGGGAAUUGGUGGGGAACCCUGCCAGUAAUCUCUCCACGGUGGCCAUUCUGCCGGUAUCCGAAGACGUUCCCAUUACUACCUUCACCCUGGAACUCCGGCAUGCACUCAGUGCCAUAGGUCCUGCCUUGCUGCUGAAUAGCGAUGUCAUCAAACAGCGCCUUGGAUCAACUGCUUUCGACAGUAUCCAUGAGUACCGACUGUCAAGCUGGCUAGCACAACAGGAAGAUAUCCAUCGAAUUGUGUUGUACCAGUCUGACAGCAGCAUGACUCCCUGGACCCAGCGCUGUAUCAGACAGGCUGACUGCAUCCUCAUUGUUGGACUGGGAGAACAGGAGCCAACUGUCGGAGAGCUGGAGCGCAUGUUGGAGAAUACAGCUGUGCGAGCCCUCAAGCAACUUAUCCUUCUCCAUAAAGAGGAUGGGCCGACGCCAUCACGCACCGUUGAAUGGCUUAACAUGAGGAGUUGGUGCUCGGGUCACCUUCACCUCUGCUGUCCGCGCCGAAUCUUCUCUCGCAAGAGGCUGCCUAAACUGCUCGAGAUGUACGAAAGGAUCUGUCAGAAGACACCUGACCGUCACUCAGACUUCUCCCGUUUGGCUAGGAUCUUGACAGGGAAUUCCAUUGCACUGGUGCUGGGAGGUGGAGGGGCAAGGGGUUGUUCUCAGGUGGGGAUUAUCCGAGCGAUGCAUGAGGCAGGUAUCCCCAUCGACAUGGUGGGUGGGACCUCCAUCGGCUCUUUCAUGGGAGCGCUCUAUGCAGAAGAAAGGAAUGCAAAUCGCAUGAGGAACAGAGCACUUCAGUGGGCCAAGGAAAUGACAAAUGUUUUCAAAAAAGUGCUGGAUUUGACGUAUCCAAUCACUUCCAUGUUCUCAGGAUCUUCUUUUAACAGAAGUAUUAACAACAUCUUUGAGGACAAGCAGAUAGAGGACCUGUGGAUUCCUUACUUCAAUAUCACUACAGAUAUAACAGCAUCUGCCAUGCGGGUUCAUACUGAUGGGUCCCUGUGGCGAUACUGUCGAGCCAGCAUGUCCCUCUCAAGUUACCUACCUCCUCUUUGUGAUCCAAAGGACGGACACCUGCUCAUGGAUGGCGGAUAUAUCAACAACCUGCCAGCUGAUGUUGCCAGAUCAAUGGGUGCAAAGGUCGUGAUCGCAAUAGACGUCGGCAGCCAGGAUGAAACCGAUCUAACAAAUUAUGGAGACUCGCUGUCUGGCUGGUGGUUGCUAUGGAAACGGCUUAAUCCUUGGGCAGCAAAAGUGAAGGUUUUGGGUAUGGCAGAGAUCCAAACUCGCCUGGCUUACGUUUGCUGCGUACGGCAGCUGGAGGUAGUGAAGAACAGCGACUACUGCGAGUAUAUUCGACCCCCAAUUGAUCGCUACGGAACGCUGGAGUUUGGGAAGUUCAAUGAAAUUGCAGAAGUGGGGUACCAGCAUGGGAAGACGCUCUUUGAGCUAUGGAACAGAAAUGGAGUCAUCGACAAUAUGCUGAAAGACCGGCCCAUCGACAACGUUGCCAAGACACGACCCUCAGAUGUAACAUGUCCAAACACCACCUUUACUGAUCUGGCCGAGAUAGUAUCCAGAAUCGAACCUGCUAAAAUACUUGCUGUGGAUGAUGAGUCUGACUACCAGACAGACUAUGAAGAGGACGCUUUCGACACCGAGAGGGAAGACUAUGAUGGUGUCCCUAGUGAGCAGAAUGAAGAUGAAGUCUCUAACAGUGAUGAAGAGAAUGGAUUAAGGCAGAGGAAACCCAUUUCUGGAGCUCCAAGCACUGUGGCCUGAUGGAAUGAGCCAUCAACCUCGUGAAGCUGCAUCCCACAUAGCUUAGGGUUUACUUGUUUUGAAUUCUGAUGUUCCUCGCCCUGCUGCCUUUUAUGUUAAUUGUCACCGGUUGGACAUUGUGACAUUCUGGGGGAGGAAUGGAGGUCACCAUGAAAAUGUUACCUCCACAUCAACUAACGAUUAAUGUGUGUGUGAAAUGGAGGCCUUGGGGAUAGUUCCAUAACCUAAAUGUAUAUAGUUUUCCAGAUCAUUUCAAGACCUUACAAGAUUACCUCACUUUCCAACACCACCAACAGAUUGUUGCCAGAAGAGUCAAAAUGACUCAUUCAGCACUUUAAAUUGCUGCAUCCUUCUCCCUGUAGUGUUAUAAUGUAGAGUGUAAACUCAUCUGCCAAGGUAGCUGUGCUUUAAAUGCAAAGUCCAACAGGAUUUAGAUUUGCCUUACAAUGCACUGCUGCAGCUGAAGGAGCAGUAGAGUAGUGAUGGGGAAGAUUUGUUGGCCUUUGUUCAACAUACCGGAAGCCUCUAAUUCCUCCGUCCCUAUGGAGUACCCACUUCCCUCUUGCCUGGACUGCAGGGAAAUGAAAUGAGUCACUCCCAGACCUGUCUCAUCCCACACAGCUGCUCUUAAAAACACUGCCCUUUAAAACACUGCCCUUUUAUUUCGUUGUCUGUAGUCUUUUUCAGUUUGAAAUGACUGAGCCAUGUCGGACUGACCUUCUCACUCUCUCUCUGCUGCAUCGAGAAUUGAACCAUGCUUCCUUCCCUUUGGCUUUACUCUAUGUUUGCUUCCAGUGAGGCAACACAAGUCAGUGGGUCCUGGAUUAAAGGGAACGGUUCAUAUUCCACCCCCACCCCCCCCCCCCCCCACCCAAGCCCCCUGUGAUCUCACAGUUCUAGUCUUACAGCUCGCUACCAUGACACUGUGACUGCUGUCAAAAAAAGUGACACACAGCAGAAUCUGCCCAUCGCCCAACUCUUGCCUCUCGAAUGUGUACUGGAAGACUGUAGGAGCUUGCUCACACUCACACUGCCUGGGGUGUUGCCUGGGGUGUUACCUGGUCAGCUUCUAUGAUCAAGGAGGUGUCACGUGAUCUGCUGUUAGUCUCAUUCCCAAUGUCUCCCUCUCCCCACCCAUCCCCUUACUCCUUGGAAGCGAUCACAGCCAGCUCGAGGACCCUCUAAACCCAGCCCUGUGGCCCAGUUUAAAUAUUAAGUCAAUGAGCCCAUGCUCAUGGUUUACAGAUGAACCCUAGAGUGACCCUCACCCUAUAAUGUUUGAAGCUCCUUGCUUCCCCUAUGUCUUCCAUCCUCCCCACCCAACACCGGAGCAAGUGGAAUGGGAACUAUGCAGAUUCAGGCACCAGGACAAACACUGCCUAUCAGCCCGUCUCUCCCCAGCAAGGAAGGGUAGGCUUCAGAUGGGCUGAAUACAGCUUAUGUUUGAGGCAUUGUCCUAGGCCCUCGUGGUUUAAAGGAGUAUUUCCAAAGUAAGCAGUUUCUUGGAGGAGUGGUUGUAUGUAAAAUGGAGGUGACGGGUUAGUUUCCCAGUUGAUGCCCUCACCGCUGGGUGUCCUUACAUUGGCACAAGGGCAAUGCUGCCCACCACAGUGUGAGAUCCUGUGCGGGCAGAUGGGCACAAUUCACCUUUAACUCCGGAUCAGCUCAACCCAGACUUGAGUUGGGGUCAGUUGACUGAAUAACGCGAGCAAAAUAUGAGGAGUCCAAAGAGCAGUGCGACUAAUUGGCAGACUCAACUCUGCUCUGAUGCCUCAUUUCCGCUGGGUCCUCUCCUUAUCUAACCGUGCCCCGCAGCCAGAUCAGCAGCUGCAGACUAAUCAUUCAGUGUGUGAACUGCUGUAGCAUUGUGCAGCAUCUCAGUGAAUCAAUAGCUGGGAAUCUACCUCAUACCACAGCCAGUAUGAAACACUGGGGGUUAGUUCCCCCUCAGUCACUCCUGGUGUACUCAUGCAUUCACCCACUUCACGUGGCAAAUAUUGCCCAGAGACUUCAACGUCUUCUCUAAUCCCUCAGACUCCCCACACUCAUCUGAAUCGACUGGGCUGGCGAGUGCUGUUGCAGCCAUUAGCUCCGCCAACCAUUCCACCCCCCAACAGCAGUGCACACCAGUAAUCUACUCCACUCUUCCCUCGGACAGAAUGGCCCACAGCAUCUGCUUCUGUUCCCCUUGCUUUGGAACCUCCAGUUGAUGGGGGCAGAGAGGGGAGCUCCCUUUAUCACAAUGCUACCUGCACCUUAAAGCAACAGACAUCCCACUGCAGCUUUCCCUGGUUCCUUAGAAGCUGGAAAUUAGCCUGUGGAUAUUUUGCCAGUGGGACUGAGUGAAAGAUGUGUUUACCUUCCAGCUCUGAGAUUUACAGUGUGCUGGGACUGAGUGCGUCUAUGCAGAUAUCACACUGAGACAACUGUUCAUCUUCUGUCACAGGAGCCCGUUGAAUAUGAUGAAGCAGCAGGGAGUCUUGGCAAUGAUAUCACUUGUGCGUAUAUUAGUUUUUUUUAAAUGCUGAAAGAUAGCACUAAAAUCUACACGUGAGCCUUUAAUGGUGUCUCCUGGCAGGGCACCACUCUGUCAGGUGGGAGGGGAAUGUCAUGUUGGACAACUCACGUCUCUGCAACACAUAAUCAGAGUCUUAAAACAAGUGAAAAGCUCAAUGGGAGCGGUAAACACGCCAAACAAAAAGCCAAAAAGACUGCUUUGUGAAGCACAGUCGCAGGGAAUUUGUGUUCUCCUUUGCGGCCACCCCAGUCUGAGUGGGGUAAAGGAAUUGUUUUUAUUUUGUUGCAAUAAUCAAUGCAAUAUUUAUCGUUAUUGAAUCUUAGCUGGUGCAGAGAUUGGUGGUCAUUAACUGGUGUCUCGUGCCUUGACGGUGGAAAAAUGAACCCCCUCUCAUUCAAGGCUGGUCACAAAAUACAAAGUUCCAACCUGUGCACAUUCUGCCAAUUAUGGAUUAUAGAACAUUUAAACUUUUUAAUUGAUUUAUGUCAAAUAUUUUGCUUUUCUUUCUAUAAAGCAAAAUGUGGUAGGGGAGGGCAUACCAUUGGUUUAGGCAAUGGGUGGGUGGUCUAACUAACUGUGGACCAAACUCCAACGUUAAAGUAAAGAACACAGCCAAGCUUCCGAGAGUGGACCUGCUUUGAUCUUUAUACCCAUAAUAACGUUGUCUGUCCACAUCCUGCCAAAGUGUCUUGAGAGCUUGGUGUCUGUAAUGAGCUGUGCUGGAGAUACGUGGUCCAGUUGCCAACAAGGUAGCUGUCAGGUAUGCCAAUGAGGUGCAAGCUCAGUCCAGGACCCCUGCUGAGGAAGGGCCUGUCUGAUUCUCUUGGUUUACCAUCUGGCACCAUGCAGUGAGCUGAGCCUUGAACCCCUGAGCUCUUCGAUAGCAAACAAUGUGACCUCUGCUGCAGAGAAUGUGCCAGGAUAGAGGGAAGCCUGUUAGUUAUUAGGAAAAGGAUGAGGAUAGGAAAAAGGGGAAUUAAAACACCAGUUAAUGUCCAGCAUACCUCUCAGCUCUUUUAUUGUACUUAACACUCUAUCUAGUAUAAUCUCUGCAAACCCCAGCAAAUAACAUUGUUCCAAUUUGUAACUGCUACUUCAGUUUGAAUGGGAAGAGAUGAAAGUUAUCUGUUAGCUGUAUGACGAUGGACUGUUAGCCCCUUAAACUGUGAGAAUAUUUAUUGUCUUAAUAAAUACCUUGUAUUUUC